AUGCGACGUAGCGUCUCGUCGCGGUCCACUACUGCUUCGUCCAGUACGAGCUCGUCUGACACAUAUGGUGACCAUCGCCAGCAAUCGCGCGCCACUGGACAAAGCUCGUACGACGCAGGACUCGGAGGAAAGAGCUACUAUGAUCGAUACCCGGAAAGGAAACGGACAGGGCCGUACGUGCCCAGAGCCACGCUCGUUGCACACCACGAGAGUCACGCAAGCAAGCCGUCGGUAGCCAAAGCCGAUCCUUCCAGACGGUCGGUUUCCAGCACGUAUGCUGCAUCCUCGAUCGCACUAGGGCGGGCUCGCCCACAUGCUGCAGUGCAGGAGCCUGUCAAGUCGAUCGACGAGAUAGUCCGAGCACACUCGAGCAGUCUGCUGUCCGUACCGCCGCUUCAGCGCGCUCCGCAACGCUCAGCCUCGUGGUCCGCAUUCGAGCUCGACGCGCGAACGUCGCCGGAGGCUGCCAGAAGAGCGCGUCGCUUCGAGGCGGACUCGGACUCGGAUUCGACUCGUUCCGAGGACUCGAUAGAGCAGGAGGCUCGUACGAUACUGAGGAGGACGCAAGUGGACGAGAUCGAGAGCGGGCUGUCGCAGCUCCGCAUUCCAGGCAAACAUACAAGUGCAGGCCCAAGUACGGAACGCCAAGCUUCCCUUGCUGGUGACAGCACAAAGUACAGACAGCCAAGGCGUCCGCUCACUCGAGACAGCAAGAGCGAUGCUGCGGGCCCAAACUGCAAGGGCCUGAGCCACGUGGCCAUGCUCAACAUGGCCGGAUCACGGCAGCUGCAAGUGUCGUUCGCCGAUGUUGGGCUGCCGAGCGGGCAUCCCGUGAUGGUGUUUCUAGGGCUGGGGGCAUCGCGACACCUGAUCGGUCUGUACGACGAUCUGGCGACGUUGUUCGGAUUGCGGCUGGUGUGCAUCGAUCGGUGGGGGAUCGGACGCACGGAUCACGUAGCUCCCGAGAGCCGAAGCAUCUUGGGCUGGAGUUUUGUGGUGGAGCAAGUGGCCGAUCGGCUGGGGCUUGGAAAGUACGCCGUGGUGGCGCACAGUGCGGGCGGGCCGUUUGCGGCGGCGCUGGCGUUGCUGUUCCCGGAGCGUGUGCAGGGGCCGGUGCACCUGCUGGCGCCUUGGACGGGAAUGCAGCAGGAUAGCGGCUACCGAUGGCUUCGCUACAUACCCGACGGCGUGAUCAAGACGGCGCAGGCGGCGGAAUGGCGGAUACAGAAUUGGAAGCUCGGAAAGGAGGGAACACGGACCGCCAGCAAGACGCUGCCAGCGCAAGGCGGCGACGACGCCGCGCCGAGGAGCCCGCGACUGGGUGUUGGGGAAGCACGGCCAGGGUCACAAGCGUCGUCUGGCGCCGAUACGGCGACGUGGAUGGAGGCGUCUGCCAGCGCGCUCUACGCAUCGGAUGGCAGAGGUGGGAAUUGGGAAGAGGCGGAGCGCAACAGUGCGGUGGAGCUGCUGCGGGCGUCGCACGCGGAAAGCUCUCGAGGACUGGUGGACGAUCUGAACCUGGUGCUGGGCAAGCGUCCGUGGGGAUUCGACUACACGGACCUCGGUGUGGCGUGCGAGGUGUGGCACGGAAGCAAGGACGAGAAGAUUGCGCUGUCGAGCUCGGUGAGCUUGGCGAGAGAGAUGCGCGACUGCCAGCUGCAUGUUGUCGAGGGGGCGAGCCACAGCCUGAUGACCAACUCUUCGGUGGUGAUGCAGGUGUUUGAAAGCAUCGUCAAGCACUGGAAGGCAGUAUCUCCGAGUGGAGCUCGAUGA